CUGGAAAACGAAACAUACGCAAUGUCGAGGCGGACCAUGGCACUUCUCUCUCAAUGGACCUCGCGUGUUUUCUCCGUGGAUAUGGACGGGGAGACGGUUUACUUCAAAAUCCAUGACACCCAAACAGGAAAAGGAGGAAAAGAAGUGCUGCGAAUGUUUGGUAACAUUCAAAAGGGUGCCAGCUGUUAUUCUCUGCUUGUUUCCAGCGGGGAGAAAAUCCACUCCGCAAGGUUUCACUGGAAACUCAAAGACAAACUGUCAACAGCUCUUCCUCCACAAUGUCGUUUUUCGCCGAUGUGCUCGUUUCUGCCUGGCGUCCGAGACUCCCUCGUACAUGGCUAUUUUUUGCAAGCUCCAUCUUCUGACAGCUCCGCUACUACAGAGCGACUUUUACGACAGUGGCUACGGCUUGACGACCCCUUACUGGUGUGCUCAUACUUGCAUGAGGAGAACACUCCUCGCUGGAUUCAGCACCUGUGGAACACCGAACAGAAUCACGGCAUAGUACCGUCAGAAGCGCCGGAGUCCCACCCGGCUACGCUUAACCUGAUCAACUCUGAUGUUUUCUACAGUUUCCAAGCGGCCCGUGAUGUUCUUCAGAAGUGUGCUGACAUCAUUCCGGAGGCUGCAUCUGUACUGGAGCUGCUGCCUUGUGACGGUGACAUGGAGGCCAGAAGCAAACCAGACUUCCCCAUUAUUGUCUUGGAAGGCCUGGAUGCCACAGGUAAAACCACAUUGACCGAGUCUCUCAGGGAUGCGCUGGGGGCCACCCUUCUGCGUUCCCCUCCACCGUGUCUCUCCCCCUGGAGGGCCCGCUUUGAUCAGGAACCUCCCAUCCUCCGAAGGGCCUUCUACGCAUUGGGCAACUACAUCACAGCACAACAAAUUUACAGCCAAACCUCCAAGACACCUGUCAUCAUUGACAGGUUCUGGCACAGCACAGCGGCUUACGCCAUCGCCACAGCCGUAAACGGACCAGUGUGUGACCUCCCGGCAGAGGGCUCCGAGCUGUACCGCUGGCCCAGUGACCUUCUCCAACCUAGUGUCGUUUUCCUCCUUACGCUGGACCCUGAGGAGAGGAAGAGGAGGCUGAAGGACAGAGGUCAAGGGGAGACCAAAGAGGAGCAUGAACUAGAUCUCAACCAAGUUUUUCGACUCAGAGUGGAGGAGGCUUACAAGAGGAUCAGUGGUCCAACUUGCAUCAGCGUGGACGCGAGCUCCUCCGCCGAGCAAGUUCUCCGACAAGUGCUGCUUUUAAUUAAGGCCAAACGCUACUUGUAAAACAGCUCUCUCGUGUUUGGCGUCUGAGCAUCAAGUGCAUGCGCUACCGCAUGUGGCCACUGGGUGCCAGACAAGGGAUGUGAAUGACAGAUUGCUCAAAAAAAAAAAAAAAAAAAAGAGUCCAGUGAGAUGCUACAGACAAGGAGCCAGAGGACUCACGUUGCCCCAAUCAGAAAUACAUAUUCAUCCGGACACACACAUACACGCAAUCCCUUCAGCCGAAGAGUGGAUUUAACUCUUGUUGUGAGCUCGCAGAAAUCACAUCAGGUAUCCUUCAGGCCCUGUGGAGCAUCACAUUGCUCGCAGACUCUUGCACUCAUGACGGCACACAGGAAAAGGACAGAACUAAUGUAUGUUAUAGGCACUUAAAUUCAAACUGUAAAAGCAAGUAAAAUCUAAAGCAAAACUGGAAAGCAUCACUGCAAUAUAAAUUCAAGAAUUAGACAUUCACGUUCAAUUUAGAAUAUAACUCAUGUGAAUUCAAGAUGAGAGCAAAUGACCAGUGUUGGGCAAACUCCUUGGAAAAUGCAGUGAGCUAAGCCACACAAGUUAUUCUACGUUAAAUGAAGCUCCACAAUGCUGUAGCUACCCAUCAGUGUAGCAAGCGAAGCUGCAAUAAAAUGAGUUACUCAACUACAUUUAUCGAACCAACUUAAUAAAGAAAAUAACCCUAAUUUUUCUGAGUAACAUCACCCAAUGUUUUACUGAUCAAUUUAAUUUGUCUUCUCAAUUUUCUUACCUCUGAAUUCCCGUCAUGCACGCACAGUUUUGUUCUGUUGCAAAAAAAAAAAAAAA